AUGGAUUUAACUCAAUCACAAGAACAAGACAAAAUAAUACAAUACUAUUUGAAUUAAUAAAUUAAAAAAGUUGCUGAUGAAAAGUCAUAAAUCACACUUCAAUAGGAAUAAGAGAGAAAUAAAAUCAAAUUAUAAGUUUGGGAAUUAUUAAAUUAAUAACAAUCUAUUUAAUAGUCUCGUCUCAAUGCAACACCUUUAAGUCUUAUUUCUAACAAUUCUGCUUAAUCAGACCGUUUUGAUGUUCAGAUAGAUAAAUCUAAAAUGAAAUAAUAGAGUUCGAAAUUUGAAUAAUCUAUGCAAUUCUAAAAAGACCACCCUAAUUUUUAAAUCAAUUAUCAUUCCUUUGUUGAUUCCAAAGAUUAACAAUACAAACAAUUAGAUUUUCUAAUUGCCCAAUAUGAGGAGAGAACUAAGAAUUUACCUAAAAAUUAUUUUAAAAGACAACAACCAGACCAUGUUUCUAAUUAGCUCUAAUAGGAUUGGGAUGAUAAUGAUGAAUAGUAUAAUUAAGAUUUUGAAUAGGACGAAGAAAUCUAAGAAGUCAUUGAAGAAGAAUUGCAAGAAUCCUAAAUGUAAAUCCAAUAAAAGUCAUAAAAAAUUAAUUAAUAGGAUAACGAGACUGCUUAUAAUAAUUUAAUCAAAUUAAGAAUCGAAAGAUUAGAUACUAGCGUUGCAAAUGCAGAACCUUCUAAAUUAAAUGAUUUAAGCAAAUCCUCUGAAUCAUUUAGUGAUUUGAAAGUAAAUCCUAAUGAAGCAAAUAAAAUACUUGAAAUUAGUAGAUAAGUGGAUGCUUCCAAAAUAAAUACUUUAAAAUUUGAUUUAACUCUCAAAUAAGGAAAAUCCAACGAAGAACCCUUAAUCGAGUAAUCACAAUAAUCAAUGUCCUCUAAAUUAUUGGAUUUAGCAUAGUAAUAAUCAAAAUUAUAUGAAAAAUAAAGAAUUGAAUAUCCUCAGAUGCCUAGUCUUGAGCAAGAAUUCUCUUAUAAAAUUUAAGAUCAAUCUCAAAUUACAAAGUCUUCAUAUCCAAAUAAAUAGGCAGAUCAAAUUUCUAAAUUUGAUUAAUCCAAAUUUGAUUAAUCUAAAUUUUAAUAAUCUAACUAUGAGUAAUCAAAACUUUAGACUUAAAAAAGUUAAUAUGAUUAAAAUUAAAAAAGUAAUGUAUCAAAUCAAAUGCAAUCCAAAUAUAAUCAUCUAACAGAAUAAUCGAAUAUAGAUUAUCAAGAAAAAUCUAAUAUCUCAAAUUAAAUUUAGUCUAAAUUCUAAGAAUAAUAUACAAAUUAUCAGUAAUCUCAUUAAACUUCAAAAUUUAGUGAAACAUCAAAAAGAGUUCCCUCAAAUGAAUUUGAGAAGUAAUAAUCCUAUUAAAAUUAUGCAUAUGGCAAUUCUAAUACAAAUAAAUAAUAUUAGCAUUCUUUGGGUGUUGAAAAUGAAAAUAAUAAUGAAGAGUUUUAGGUAAGUUAGUAAAAUAAUAAUUAUCUUGAAGAAGAAGAGGAGAUAUUUUCAGAGGAAGAAGAUCAUAAUAACAAAUUUUAUUAAUUUAGUAUAAAUUUUGAGGAUUAAGAUGAUAAAGAAAAGUAAAAAAAAUUUGAAGUAUUAAAAAAAAAGAAAUUAUAAGAGAUGGAAGAAUUAAAAUAGCUUCGUUAAUAAAGAAACAAAGAAUAAUAAUAAUAACAAUAUAGUUAGAAUAAUAAACGAGAUUAAUCUCCACUUAUGCCUAGUGCAUCAUUAAAAAGAUUAUAAUAAUAAUAAUAAUAAUAAUAAUAAUAAUAAUAAUAAUAAUAAUAAUAAUAAUAAUAGUAAUAAUAAAAUUCAUUAAAUCAAUUUUAUUAGCAUCAAUAGCCACAAUUCUAGCAAAGAAAUAUAUUAUAAGAUAAAGAACCUUAACUAAUUUAAACUUCGAUGCCAUAAUCAAAACGUAAUGCAUCAGCGAAUAGAAAAUCUCCAAUGGCAAGAUAAAAAGAAACUGCACAUUUUUGUUAAGAUAUAGACAGAUCAAUUUCUGUAGAGAAAAACAAAAAAAAUAAUAAAACAAUUUUAAAAAAUGCAAUAACAUAUGUUUGUAUGGCUGGAGAGCCUAAUAAAAGGGAGAGAGAAGCAAUUCUAUAAAAAUUAGAUGGAGUUGAAGCUGAACAUUUUAUCAUUUUAUUCAAAACUUAUGGUAGAUCGGUAAGAAAUAAAAAAUAUUAAGGACUUUCGAGGUUUGUAUGGCUAUGCAGUAGACUCACAACCUUAUUUUAUAUUUGGAUAAGGAAAAUGCCCUCAGGUUUUAACUUCUGAGAUGGUGAAAACAUUUUUCAAAUAUGAUUCUGGAGCUAAAUAGUUUAAAGCAAUAGAUGGAAAUAAGUAAUUUACUAUUAUGGUUGAUGCUGUUUAAUUAAGAAAAUGAA